CUGUCGUCUGUUGAUGACGUUGAGGUAAUGGCUGCUCUUGCUUUGCCGUGAGGAAUGCCUUUUCUCUCCACCAUAGCUGUUAAAUUAAACCGCAUGAUAAUAUUGUAGAGUGUUAGAGAACAACACCACAGGAGAGGGGAGUUCUUACCGCAGCAGUGCCGUCUUUGAAGAGCUCCGGGUCGGCAAGAAUAUUCUCUAAUGGAUACUCCUGAAAGCCAUACCCAAUCCCCUCAGUCCCCUGAGGAGGAGGAGGAGGAGGAGGAAGAGAAGGGCCUUUCUGACAGUGAGCUGCUGGAUUCUCCUGAUGAAGAUGAAGAUGGGGUAAUCUCAGACAGUGAGUUGGUCAAUGAAGAGGAGAAUGGGGGACUUGAGGAGGAAGAAGACAUGUUGGAAAGCAGAGGAAGAGGAUCGGAAUUAGAGGAGGAAAGGGAUGAAGACGAUGAGGUUGUCCCUGACUUUGUCUCAGACCCUGAAGAUGAGGAGCCUGAAGGAGUAACAGGAGGGAUGGAACCUGAGGAUGGGACCAUUUUGCUGAUGGAGGGGGAUGAAGAUGGUCCGCAGGGAGGCCAAUUGGAUGGGGAGGACGAGAAGAAAGGAAUGGAGCCAGAGGAGGGAGUCUUUGACACCCCGCAGUCUCCAGACUCCGAGCCAGAACAGGGCAAGAGCUUUAUUGCUGAAGAAGAUGAAGAAGACGGGGAGGAAGGAUACGGAUACAGCAAGGAUGACUCAGCAGAUCCAUUGGCAGCUGAGGUGGAUGACGAAGACAAAAGUAAGGCAGUCGCAGAGAAGAGGAUGAGAGCUCAGGAAGAGGAGAGGAGAAAAGCGGUGGCAGUGAGGGACCUGAAGGAUGACUCGGUGUCUGUUUCCCGGGAGGUAGACGAGCACGAACUUGAUUACGAUGAGGAAGUCCCAGAAGAGCCCAGCAUCCCUGCACCUGACGAAGAGGAAGAUGAGGAAGAAACUAAAGCAGCGGUAGAAGAGGAAGAAAAUGAGGACAAGAGAUCUAAGAGGAGGGAGAAGAAACCUAUCCUUCCCCCUUCCCCUAAAGACAGUGAAUACAAGAGGACAGGCGACUCCAAAGGCCCCGAGAGGAUGCGCAGAGAUUCCUUCAGAGACAAAAAGAAGGAGGAGGAUGAUGGAGAGAUUGAUGAAGGGGAGAUUGAUGAUGAUGACCUGGAGGAGGGGGAGGUUAAAGACCCGUCCGACAGAAAGAUCAGACCACGUCCCAUCUGCAGGUUCUUCAUCAAAGGGAAUUGCACUUGGGGUAUGAACUGUAGGUUCAUCCACCCUGGAGUCAAUGACAAGGGUAACUAUUCUCUCAUCAGUAAGCCUGACCUCUUCUCACCUAAUGGUGCGCCUCCUGGAGGACCACACCCACUCAUACCCAACAAUCCCUGGGUUGGACCUGCAGUGGAGGAGCUCCCCCCACCUCCUCCUCCAGUGGAGCCUCCUGUGGAGAGUGCCUGGGAGCGAGGUCUAAGGCAUGCCAAAGAGGUGCUGAAGAAGGCCACCAUUCGUAAGGAACAGGAGCCCGACUUUGAGGAGAAGCGUUUCAACGUGACCAUCGGAGAGGACGAGAGAGAAUUUGACAAAGAGAAUGAAUUCUUUAGAGAACGCAGCUACCGCAUCAUCAGAGACGAAAUGGAAUUCAGAGAUCCUGUAUAUGGUGACCCCUAUGCUGAUCCAUACUAUGACUAUGAAAUGGAGGCCCUAUGGCGAGGUGGUCAGUAUGAAAACUUCAGAGUGCAGUACACAGAAGCCCCUCUUCCUUACCCCUACAGUGAGCGAGAACGUGACCAGGACCCUCGGGAGAGGCACCGGGACCGAGAGAGGGAGAGAGACCACCGUGAGAGGGAGCGCAGGCAGAGAGAGAGAGAGAGAGAGCGAGAGCGCGAGAAGGAGAGGAUGCGGCGGAAAGACGAGUGGGAGAGGGACCGGAUGAAGCGGGAUGAGAAGGAGAGGCCGAGGAUGCGUCCUCCUCGAGACCCCAGGGAGAAGAAAGACGAGGACAAAGUGAAACCACGUUCUCCCCUCAGUCUGCCUCCUAACAGGCCGAUGGAGCCUCCUUUGAAGAAGGAUGAUCUUCCAGUCAUGAGGCGACCAGAUGAGUGGAAGGACCCCUGGCGUCGGUCCAAGUCCCCCAGGAGACGCCCAGGGCCUGGCUCCCCACCACGAGACCGCCGGCGCCAUCGGCCCUCGGGCUCCUCUGUCUCUAUGUCCAACUCCUCCAGGUCUUCGUCUCACUCUUCCUCCUACACAGGCUCUGGGUCAUCUCGUUCCCGGAGCCGCUCUUCCUCGUUCAGCUCCUACUCCAGCCACUCGUCCCAGCGCAGCUCCUUCAGUGGCAGCCGCUCCAGGUCUCGAUCAUUCUCCACCUCCCCGUCACCGAGUCCAGCCGCACAGAGGAACGCUAAGAACAAAGCCGACCCCCCCCCUGCGUUAGCCAAAGGCAUGCCGCUGAAGCCGGGUGCCAUGCCCCCUCCUCGCAGGGAUAAGCCCACCAUGAAGAAGGCUCCCAGUCCUCCUCCACCUGGUGGACCGCAGGGCAGGCCUUCCAAACCCCUGCCCGAGGGAGGGAAGCCUCCAACCAAUCCCCGGGAGACAGGGGGAGCAGGAGGCGCGGCAGGCAGCGGUGGAGUAGGGAGACCCCCUCCUCCAAGGGAACCUGGAAAGCCUCCAAACCCGAGGGAAGAGAGGCGAAAAGAACGUCAGCAACAUCCUCCACGAAGGCGAACUGUGAGUGGAAGUGUUAGUGGAAGAAGUUAUUCUGGUUCUAGCUCCAGAUCCAGAUCAUCCUCCAACUCCCUAUCUCGCUCACGCUCCGGAUCCAGAAAAUCCAGGAAAUCCAGAUCUCUGAGUGUGAGCAGCGUGUCCUCCGUGUCCUCGGCUUCGUCCAGCAGCAGCUCGGUGCGCAGCGCAGACUCAGACGACAUGUAUGCUGACCUGGCCAGCCCCGUGUCCUCCGCCAGCUCCCGCUCCCCCACCACCAAUCACCCCCGCAAGGAGCGAGUGCCGGUGCGGGACCGGCCUCCACAAGGCAGAGACAAGAUCAGGGAGAGACCAUCAAAAAAAGAGGAACCCUUCAGAGAGGACCGCAGGAAGAUGGACCCGUCUAAUGCCACACUAAGAGGGGGCCACCCCGGGCCCAGGUCAGGACCUGGCAGCAGGGGGGGCCACCAUGUACAUCCCCCACCUGGCUCCAUGGGCCCCCCAGGAAGCUAUGGAGGUUCAGGUUCCCACAAAGACAUCAAACUCACCCUCCUCAACAAGCAGCAGGGAGAUAAGGGCAACAGGAAGAGGUACCUGCCUGCAGACAAAGAGCGGCCCGGCUCCCCCCCCAGUAAGAGGAUGGCCAUGUCUCCAGACAGAGGUCGGGAUAAGAGGAUUCCGGGCCGACCCCCACUCUCCCCCAGGAUGGAUCGGCCCAGAGGCCAAGGACCCCGACCCAUGCCCCCCCAGGGAGACAGAAAACGUCCUCUGUCCCCGCCCCCCAAGUCUUCUGGAAAGGGCCCAGCGGCGCCUCCAGGGAAGCCAGCGGCCCCCGGCCCCCCCCCCGGUGCCGGCUCGGGCUCGGGCUCCGGUAAACCCAGCAACACACUGUCCCGUCGAGAGGAGCUGCUGAAACAGCUGAAGGCUGUGGAGGACGCCAUCGCCCGGAAACGGGCAAAGAUCCCCACCAAAUAGACGCACCCCCGCUCCUCCCUGCUGCCUGUGCGGCCCCGUGGUGGGCAGCCAUGAGGGCCAUGGGGCCGAGCGUGGUGCCCCUGCCUUCAAAAGACGUGUAAAAAGUUACUAUUUUGUGAAAAUGAAGUGGCCGACUGGAAAAUCAUUUUGUGCUUUUCUGCCUCAGAGAGGUUUGGCUCUGCUCCAUUCUAGAGAGUUUUCUCCCCCCCCCCCCCCCACACUUGGUGUAGACUUGACAGUAGAGAAACAGCAGGGUGGGGGGGGGGGGGGCUCGAUCAUCUGCUGCUCCCUUUGCCCCUUCAGUCAAAAGGAGGCAUCUUGGCUGUUCUGGUGUGAUUAAAAAAACAAAAGGAAUUCUAAACAUUGAAUCAGCUUUGGUCUGUCUCUGCCUAUAGUGUUCCAUCACAGCACUUCUUCACUUUCUGUGUGGAGUGUGUGAUCGUUGGCUCGGCUCUACAUGGCACGACAACACUUCUUUGUAUAAAUCUGCAAAUUCUUGAACAUCUGUAUUUGGCCCCUGUGAGCGAUCACAGGCCCAUGUUUAACCAAUGACUUGUGUGCUCUGUGUUUUAGGGCAGUGUUCACUGUCGCAUCUUGUAAAAUAAUAGCAAGUCAUCAAAUUCUUUCAAGCGUAUGAUUAGAGGCAACAGUGUUGUGAAGUAUUGUUUUUCUUUCUUUUAAAAAAUCUACAGCAUUUUGUUUUCUUAUUAGCUCUUAAGUAAUAAACUGUUUUAUUUGUGUCACAUUUUUAGUUGGAGUGAGAGUUGGAUCAGAGACAUUUAGAGACAAAAUGUGUCUUGCUUUUGUGACAAAAGACUUCUAAAUAAACUAUUUUGAUAAAGAG